AUGACUGAAGAUGGGAGGUGUUUUGUAGGGCGUAUAAUGCAUGGUGGACUAAUUCACCGACAAGCAACAUUACACGUAGACGACGAGCUUCUUGAAAUUAAUAAUAUUUCUGUUGCUAAUAAAUCUGUAGAGCAAAUUCAAAGGCUUUUAAAAGAUGUCAGAGGUCCAGUCACCUUUAAAAUUGUCCCCUCCUAUCGGUCAGCGCCUCCUUCCUGUGAAAUUUUUGUUCGGGCACAGUUCGAUUACGACCCUUCACAAGACGAUUUAAUCCCUUCUGUCAAUGCAGGGGUUCCUUUCCGGACGGGUGAUGUUCUCCAAGUAAUUUCAAAAGACGAUCACAACUGGUGGCAAGCCCGGUUUAUCUGCCCCUCUCCCGCGUUAGGCGGCACCCUGUGGGCUUCUUCCCCUACAACAACCACAACACCCAAUACUGUGUCUAACGCUGUUGCUUCUACUUCUGCUGCAGCACUAUCCACCUCAAACCACAUAUCGUCUAAAAAGCCCCCUCCUUCUAGGCAGCAAAGAUUUCAUGGUGGGAAUAAUAUGGCGGGGCUUAUUCCGUCCCCUGAACUUCAAGAAUGGAGAACUGCUUGGUGA